ACCGCACCUACAAGUUCGCGAUUUACAGUUAACAUAUAAAGAAAUGAGGUAGUUUUGUCAUCUACCACUUCAAGCCAGACUCUUUUGGAUUGUACAAUCCAGUUAGUUAGCUAGAUGCAUUGAAAAACAAACGAGACAAACCAGAGUUACUCAUAGCAGACCAAGAGAUCGCCCGGGACGAAAUACUGCUCUGCCUUUGGCCCAACCGGGGUCUACAAGACCCGCACGCAUAGAUAUCCCGACAUUUCCCUUUCCAGCAUCAACGGCAGGCCCGGCAUCAUGACCGACUGGAUAUACCUUGACUUUUCCCGCACCACGUGGAACCAUAGAUUUUGCAUUCAUGGAGCCGGGCUCUACAGGGAUUUGAUAGACAACAGACGGUAGCGCAUUACUACCCUUUAUGAGCGGGGGUAGCAAGAUUUCAAACUCGACGGUAAAAAGCCGAGAACGCACCGCUUCAUCGUACGAUGCUUCCAAAAAUUCUGAUGUUUUCAGUUGGUGAGCGGCUGCCGAUCCUUGACGCCAGAACGCUCUAAGUUUCUUGCCGUCACUCAUCUUUCCGAUUGCCCGCAUCCCGUAUUUCCCUUUCUUUUUGUGAAGUUUAAGUUGAACCGGGUUAGCAAGAUAUUUCUGUAUGUGACGCUGUAGCUUGCGGUCGACUCCUUCCAAUACUGGGGGCUCAAGUUCCCACUCGACAUCCUGCAUCAAAAACAUUUCACGAGUCAUGCCUGAGAGGGCUUCAUUGGUAUCCAGCGCCAUUUCACCACGAAAGUCUGUAUCCGAUUGACCCGAAGAUCGGAGAAAGCGCUGAGCGCUGGCAAAGGGAUAGAUAGCGAGCAGCAAAAAACAACAGAGAAUAACGGGCUUCAUCGUUAGUCUUAGGCUUAACCUUGUAAAUCUGAGAAUGUCGUUGUUUGGAUUUCUAGAAGUGCUGAUGGAUUUCAGGUGAAACACUAUCCAUGUGAUCGAAGGCGAUCUCACAGUCGAGAUGGCGGAAAUUGGGAAUGGUCGCGGAGAGUUCCAUAGUAAUUUGUCGGCAAGAAAUCUUACAUCGAUGAAACUGUAAGCUUCUUCCACGCGGAGUUGCCGCCCUGGACGACAAAGGUUCGGGAUUCAACAAAUCCUAUUAUGGGAGUCCGGCUCCAUAAAAGCAAUCACUUGUCCGGGUUCUCACGUCAAAUGUUCGCGCCGUACCUCGGCUUCCUUCGAUCAACCCUGCACAAACUCCUCUUCAUUGCCGUUGAAAUAAAAUUGGAACGACAGCUUUGGAGGGAGAUUGGAGUUGUCGUCGAUGGAGGAUUUUGCAUUUUCUUAAACAAACCCUUUUGAUAUCACAAUGGCCAUCGCAAAGAAUCCCCACCGGAGCCCUGAAAUGUUCCGCAUCCAUCGCUAUUCUUUGUGGUCGUUCGAGGUGGGUGCAUCUGUACAACCACUUUCCAAGGGUAAACGAAAGAAGAGCCGCUUCAUGAUUUCCCCUACACCUACGCAUAGCAACUUCUGGAACUCCCAUGACUUCACAUUGGAUAAAAAGAUUGGACAAGGAUGUUUUGGGAAGAUUUAUCGGGCCAAGUACCAUCGACCUAUAGAAUUGGCUCCCUCCAGGGAUAGAAGCCAAAGUUCUGUCCACAUAAACGCGAAAAAGUGCUCCUUUGUUGCUAUCAAACAAUUCUCAAAAAUAAAGCUCAUGGAAUCGAAAGACCGCGGAAGCCGUUCCCAUGAGCUACUUGAACGGGAAAUUGGCAUUCACAGCCAAUUGCAGCACAAGCAUAUUUUGUCAUUUUGGGGAUACUUUGAUAGCUUGUCGCAUGUGUCUUUGGUUUUAGAGUACGCACCGUAUGGUGACCUUCUGAACUAUACCACUCGGAAUUUUCCAUAUUCCAGAGAACUCCGUCUCAAAGCCUCUAGCCAUUUUGUCCGGCAAAUUGCUUGCGCACUGGACCACCUCCAGGCAUGUCAAAUCGCCCACCGAGACAUUAAGCCCGAAAAUAUUGUCGUGGUUUCGCCCCGGCAAGUGAAAUUGUGUGAUUUCGGAUGGGCUGUUUCUUUCCAAAAAGCUGGCUACCAAACGACACUGUGCGCAUACGUCGACUCAUGGGCUCUUGGAGUAUUGACGUAUGAACUCGUUGAAGGCGAGUCACCCUUUGUCCUAGACGCUUCUAAAUGCAAAACGAACCUUCCAAGGCAACAAAUCCAUGGAAAUGUUACAACCGAAAUGGUUUUCGAUAAGAUUCGAAACUUUCCUGGAUUUUUUCCGCGGCAUGGUCCAUCCCAGCUCACCAGUGUGGAAAUGCGUACCUUUGCGGAUUUCGUGACAGGCUUGAUGCAAAUCAACCCUGAAAGUCGCUGGUGCCCAGUUGAUGCGCUGGAGCAUUCUUUUUUAUCACUAUCUUCAUUCCUCGUGGAGGGCCGCGAGCCUCCGAAUAAAGAACACUCUCGACACAGCAGCUUCUCAAAGCCUGCGUCUUAUGUCCAUUUUAUUAACAAUGCGUCGGUAGGUUGACUCUCAUUGUCACUUACAGUUCUAUAUAAUGAAUUGUGAGGUACGAGUAGCAUCUAUUAUAUUCAUCUUUGUUUUGAAUCUUCUCUCGUGCGUGAACGAUGAAUUUUCGGAUUCGAAAUCCAUGUGGUUGGAUGAUUGAAGUGAGAUGAAGCAUGAGGAAGAACGGAGAACCUCAUCAACACCUCUCCUUACAUUAAUUAUAGAGCGGGAAACGUCGACACAUGCCAUGCUGCCCUCGACGUGACACUCAUUGACGCAAAAGCAAAGAAUCUGUCAUGCAUUAACGAUUGA